AACCUUUAUCCUCUAACGAGGCUGAACGACGGAAGUAUAUGUCCGACGGACAAGCAUGGGUACCCGAGUUGCUGCACGUCAGGUUCUUCGGUGGACCGGGUUAAAUGCCACCUCCUCUGUAUUCAGUCCACUUCAUUUUGGAACACGUCCCCUCCAGCCUCUAUGCACCGGGUGCAGAUUGAUCUGUUCCUCCAGCAGCCACAACGCUCUGCGGUCAACGCAACACAACCACGAACUCGGUCCUCAACCCAGGGCGCCAGUCCCAGAGCUGUCCCUCCGCUCUCUGGUUGAUAUGGGAUUCACAGACUCCCAGGCAGAGCAGCUACACGAAGCCACGUCCAAACUCAGAGGAGGAAGUGCUGCCCAACAUGCUCUGUCAACCCUCACGGCUCUGUUUGUCUUGGGCCUCAACCCUUCCAGUGUGCUGAAACUGCUGGAGAAAUGUCCUGAACUUUACACAGUCAAAGAAUCACAGCUCCAGCAGCGCAUGGGCAACAUGCGGAAAUUAGGUUUAGUCGAAGGCAGUCUUCAGAGAGUGGUGUCCCAUUACCCCCAGAUCCUGACCGUGCCUGUGAAGACAGUAAAAAGUGUGGUGGUGUUCCUCAGAGAGAAGUGCCAGUUUACUGUCCAGCAGGUCGCAGACAUCCUCAGAGAUAGUCCGGCCAUAGUUUUGGAAAACAUGGGUCAGCUGGAGUACAAGUUUCAGUACGUCUACUUCCGGAUGGGUGUCAAACAGGCGGAGAUAGUGAAGUCCAGGCUGUUUCGUUUCACUCUGGACGAGGUGCGCUGUCGACACUGUUUUCUGGAGCGCAGGGGCCUGUAUCAAACCCCAGACAAGAAAGGCCAGACGGUCAUCCUCAACCCCAAACUGGACAGCAUCCUCAGCGUUGACCAGGACACCUUCCUCGCACAUGUUGCCAAUGCGCCAGCAGAGGAGUAUGAAGUAUUUAGGAGACUGCUGGCAAGAGAAUGGCAGGAAGAAGAGCAGCAGCAUGGCAGCAUUGAAGCUGAUAGUGGUGGUGAUGAUGAUGAGGAGGAGGUAGAGGAGACUGGAGGGAAAGGUGGAUACAGUAAAAGGAGAAAAAAAUGACAGAGCCCCGUGGGAGGACUGAGAGAACUUGUUUCAAGAGGAAGUUGCACGAUAAGAGAAAAUUACAUACCCGAUGGUGAUAAAUGAACCAAUAAAAUGUUUCCUUUUAUCCGUUUGUUGAACUCAAGUUUGUCAGUGCUAUAGAAAAUGCUUAUCUAAAACACACAUGGAAACAAUGUCACUGUUACCCAGCGCUUGUUCUUUUUUGUACCCAUGCUACUGACAGAUUGGACUGAGAGAACCCUGCGGUUUGAAGUUGAUCAAGAUGUAAUGAUGUCGGUGUGAGGUUGAUGGAUGAGGACUCUGUAUGGAUGAGUUACAGCUGUGAGGCGUGAACAGUUUCUCCCAUAUAAUCUUUCCACGGUCAAAAUAAGUUUGUGGCUUUGCUUAAGUGACCCCACAAGUUAAAGCAAUUUCAAAGAAAAUGUGAAUCUUAUCAAUUUAAUCUCGGUGGCUUUCAAUGAGUGAAAACAAAAAAUACAACUAGUGGGUAGUAAACAAUGA